AUGAGACCGCGUGGGACUGACGUUGGCGGGAUAAACACGAUCACGGCUAUUGUAAGCUUCCUCAGCGUCACCAUCGCUGUCACGACGCCGAUUGGCGAAGCCAUCAACUUGGUCCUCGGUCACACCAUCGUUACGGGCCUCGCUGAUAGAGCUUGGAACCGAAUUCGCGAAGCAGCGUUCAACACGGGGUGGACACCAAUGACUAGGCUUGCAGAGAUGGCCCUCGUGUCGCUCAUGGAGCGUAUAACAGUGGGGGAACUUAGGGUCUUGACGCUCUCCAAUGUCUAUGAGUUUCGUGGCUCUCAUUCGGACGAACAAUCCCCGCUAAAGGCUGAGCUUCGUGUCGUGAAUGAUGUUUUCUGGGUGCGACUAUGUACUAUGGGAGAUCUUGGCUUUGCAGAGGCGUAUAUGUAUGGGGAUGUUGAGUGUGAUGACCUAGUGUCUCUUUUCAUGAUAUUUCUAGAAAAUCGCGAAAAUCUCUCCAACCUAGACUCUAGACUUUCCUACCUAUUCACGUUGCCUCAACGGCUAACAUCGUACCGAUUCUUGAACACGAUUGGGAAUUCUCGAUCGAAUAUCUCGGCCCAUUACGACAUAUCAAAUGAUAUGUUCACUGGUUUCUUAUCAGAGGACUUGACUUACAGUUGUGGAAUUUUCGAAGAUCUAGACGGAGAUCACAGAAACGGAAAGGACGAGCUUUACGAGGCUCAAAUACGGAAACUUCGACAUAUCUUCGAGAAAGCUCGCAUUCUCCCUGGUCACCGUGUUCUGGAAAUAGGGUCAGGUUGGGGCUCUAUGGCCAUGUUCAUUGCGCAAAAUUCCCCAGAUACAACCGUAGAUACGAUCACUCUUUCUAUUCAACAACAGGAGCUAGCGAUCCAAAGGAUAAAAGAAGCUGGGCUGGAAGAUAGAAUUCGUGUCCAUUUGAUGGACUACAGGAACAUGCCGGCUGAAUGGGAAGGGGCAUUCGACCGAGUCAUCAGCAUAGAAAUGAUCGAAGCCGUAGGGUUUGAAUUCCUAGAAAAAUACUGGAGCGUCGUUGACUGGGCCCUGAAACGAAAAGGCGGCGUCGGCGUCGUCCAGGCGAUCACCAUACCAGAAGCAAUUUUUCCCGGAGGUAUCCUACCGACACUGUCGCUUCUCUUCCAAACAAUGGAGAAGGGAUCAGGGGGGCGUCUCAUUGUUGAUUCGGUAUCCAACAUUGGUCCUCACUAUGCACGCACCCUCAGAGAAUGGAGGCAAAGGUUUCUGGCAAACUUUGAAGACGUAGUAGUCCCUGCGUUGAAGAAAGAGUACCCUGACGUGAUGACAGGUCGGAGUGGUAGGUCAGAAAUCGAAGUAUUCAAGAGGAAAUGGCUAUGUGAUUGCUACUGCGAAGCAGGUUUCACAUCGCGCACAUUGGGAGGUAUGUAA